CUCUGCCUGUCUGACCGUCUGUCUUUCUGUCUAUGAAGCUGUACAGCAGCAUGCCUGUAUGUUUGCCAGCAGCACAAGCAGAAGCACUAUGGAAGUGAAAGAGCGCCGUCCAUACUGCUCACUCACCAAGAGCCGCAGGGACAAGGAGGGACCGUACACUGGUUCAUCAGGGGACAGCGAAGACUGUGCUAUUGGCCCCCAGGGACUCCGGGUCCCCACCCAGAAGUCCUACUCCUCCAGUGAAACACUCAAGGCCUUCGACCAGCACCAAGACCAGACAAGGUUGCUGUACGGGACGACAAAGGGAUACAAGGACAUGGUUCACCGCGAACAGGAUGAUUAUAACAGACAAGGUCAGCAUUUCAGUCUCCGUCAGCUGGGAAUCUGCGAGCCGCCUUCGCGUCGAGGCCUGGCGUUCUGCUCCGACAUGGGCCUCCCCCACCGCGGCUUCUCAGUUGGUACAGCCCAGGACCUAGAUACCGAUAGUCAGGCUGUGAUGUCACCAGAGCGCGCCAUGCGGCUGUGGGGCCGUGGGGGUCUGGGUAAAUCAUCAGGGAGGAGUUCCUGUCUGUCCAGCCGCUCCAACUCAGUGCUGACUCUCACCGACACCGAGCAUGAGAACAAGUCGGACAGCGACAAUGGUUCUCCAAUGCCCUCCCCCUCCUGUCCAUCAUCUGUCAUUGACCAAUCACAUCCACAAUCAGCCAAUCCACAUGGCAACCAGUUGUUAGGCGACGUGGCUGAGCCAGACUCAGAGGAAGAGGAGGAAGAGGAGGAGGAGGAGGAGGAAGGAGAAGAGGAGUAUGCAGCCAGAUUGUAUUUACCUGUAACACAUGAGCAACCAUCCAAUCACCACGGCUCCAACCUGCCUCCAGUACCUCCGCCCCACCGCCAGCAGCCCUCAAUAACAGCUCUCAACCAAUCCCUGAGCUCCACGCACCACGCUGGCCAAUCACUGAAUUCUACGCGUCAGCUAACCCCUCCUACUGGAAGCCCGGCCCCUGUGGCCGGCCAAUCACCAGCCGAGCUGCAGACCACGCCCCCCGAGAGCGUCCCGCUGCAAGACAGCUGGGUGCUGGGUAGCAAUGUGCCUCUGGAAACAAGGCACUUCCUCUUUAAGACAGGUACAGGCACCACCCCCCUCUUUUCCACGGCAACUCCUGGCUACACUAUGGCAACAGGCUCAGUGUACUCCCCACCCACCAGGCCAUUGCCGAGGAAUACCCUGUCCCGCUCUGCCUUUAAGUUCAAGAAAUCCUCCAAGUACUGCUCAUGGAGGUGUACAGCCCUCAGUGCAGUAGGACUAUCUGUACUGCUCUCUGUCCUGCUCUGUUAUUGCAUAGCUAUGCACCUGUUUGGUCUAAACUGGCAGCUUCAGGAGAGUGAGGGAUAUGGAGCAUUUGAAAACGGAGGAGGGGGAAGAGAUACAACUCCCAACACCUUUAUGGUGUCUACCGACAAUGCUAAAAUGUUUCUUCUAGAGAACAACACCAUAGACACGGGAGAGGUGGAUGUGGGGAGACGAGCCAUACAAGAUGUCCCACCAGGUGUGUUUUGGAGGUCCCAGCUAUAUAUUGACCAACCCCAGUUUUUGAAAUUCAACAUAUCCGUCCAGAAAGAUGCUCUUGUUGGUGUUUAUGGACGCAAAGGCCUACCGCCCUCACACACACAGUACGACUUUGUGGAGCUACUGGACGGUAGUCGCCUCAUUUCCAAAGACAAACGAGCCCUCAGUGACACGGAUGCAGGACACGCACGUCCAGCUGGUGCACAGGAGGAGGAGUCUGUAGCACGAGCUCGACACACACGCUCAGUGAACGUGCACGAGGCUGGCUUCAUCCAGUACCUGGACACAGGAAUCUGGCACAUGGCGUUUUACAACGACGGACGCAACACAGAACAAGUGAUUUACAACACCAUCGUCAUCGAGUCGAUUAUGGAGUGUCCUCAGAAUUGUCAUGGAAACGGAGAUUGUCUCUCAGGAAUAUGCCACUGUUUCCCAGGAUUUCUGGGGCCUGACUGCUCUCGAGCUUCCUGCCCAGUGCUGUGCAGUGGUAAUGGCCAGUACUCCCGUGGCCGCUGCCAGUGCUACAGCGGCUGGAAAGGCACUGAGUGCGACGUACCAGCCAACCAGUGCAUCGACAUCCACUGUGGAGGACACGGCAUCUGCAUUGUGGGUGCCUGCAUCUGCAAUACUGGUUAUAAGGGCGAUAAUUGUGAAGAAGUGGACUGCAUAGACCCCAGUUGUUCGGCCCAUGGGGUGUGUAUUCAUGGAGAGUGCCACUGUCAGCCAGGCUGGGGCGGAGCCAGCUGUGAGAUUGCCAAGGCCAUGUGUCCGGACCAGUGUUCAGGCCACGGCACCUACAACGCAGAGACCAGCACCUGCACCUGCGACCAGAGCUGGACCGGGCCCGACUGCUCUUUAGAGGUGUGUGAAGUGGUCUGUGGCAGCCAUGGCGUCUGUUAUGGCGGGGUGUGUCGAUGCGAGGAGGGCUGGACAGGAACUGUGUGUGACCAGAAGGCCUGCCAUCCACUGUGCAGCAAGAACGGAGUGUGUAAGGAAGGGAAGUGUGAGUGUGACCAGGGAUGGACAGGGGAGCACUGUAAUAUCGCUCACAAUCCGGACAUUAGAGUAAAAGGAUAUAAAGAGGGUUGUCCAGGUCUCUGCAACAACAACGGACGAUGCACUCUGGAGGCCAGCGGCUGGCACUGCAUCUGCCAAUCAGGAUGGAGAGGGGCCGGGUGUCACGUAGCCAUGGAAACACUCUGUACCGAUGGCAAGGACAAUGAAGGAGAUGGCUUGGCUGACUGUAUGGAUCCAGACUGCUGUCUGCAGCCCUCCUGUCAGAACCAGUUAUACUGCAAAGGGUCACCUGACCCGGCGGAGGUGCUCAGCCAGUCUCCAUCCUUAUUGGCUCCCCAGCAGGCUGCCAGGUCUUUCUACCAGCGCAUUCACUUCCUACUUGGUCCUGAAUCCACUCACGUCAUCACUGGAGACAGUCCAUUCAAUAAAAGCUUGGUGUCGAUAAUUCGAGGUCAGGUGUUGACAGCGGACGGGACACCUCUGAUUGGAGUCAACGUGACGUUUGUCGACUAUGCUGAACAUGGAAACACUGUAACACGCAAGGAUGGCAUGUUCGAUCUCCUGGCCAAUGGCGGGGCAUCCCUAACAUUGAGUUUUGAGCGUGCUCCAUUCCUCACUCAGUACAGAACUGUGUGGGUGCCAUGGAACGUCUUCUAUGUGAUGGACACAAUGGUUAUGAAGAAGGAGGAGAAUGACAUUCCUAGCUGUGACCUGAGUGGUUUCAUCAGACCCAGUCCUGUCAUUGUUGCUUCUCCUCUGUCUACGUUUUACAAAGCUUCAACUGAGGAUGGACCCAUCAUACCUGAAACAGAGGUUUUACAAGAAGAAACCUCAAUACCAGGCAGCGAUCUAAACCUGAUCUACCUGAGCUCCAGAGCUGCGGGAUAUAAACCGGUCCUCAAAGUCACCAUGACACAGUCAUCCAUACCUUUCAACCUGAUGAAGGUUCACCUGAUGGUGGCGGUGGUGGGUCGCCUUUUCCAGAAAUGGUUCCCUGCACAACCAAAUCUAUCCUACACUUUUAUCUGGGACAAGACAGACGCCUAUGGCCAACCUGUCUAUGGACUAUCUGAGGCAGUUGUGUCGGUGGGGUUUGAAUACGAGUCCUGCCUGGACCUCAUCCUGUGGGAGAAGAGAACGGCCACUCUGCAAGGCUACGAGCUGGAUGCUUCCAACAUGGGAGGAUGGACGCUGGAUAAACAUCACAUCCUAGAUGUACAAAACGGUAUACUGUACAAGGGCAAUGGUGAGAACAUUUUCAUUUCCCAGCAGCCCCCUGUCAUCAGCAGCAUCAUGGGAAACGGACGUCGCCGCAGCAUCUCCUGUCCCAGCUGUAAUGGGCAGGCAGAGGGCAACAAGCUGCUGGCACCCCUGGCUCUGGCCUGCGGAGCAGAUGGCAGCGUCUUCGUUGGCGACUUCAACUACAUCAGGAGGAUCUUCCCCUCUGGGAAUGUUACCAGUGUCAUGGAGCUGAGAAACAAAGAUUUCAGACAUAGCAACAACCCUGCUCACCGUUACUAUCUAGCCACCGACCCAGUCACCGGGCAGCUGUAUGUGUCGGACACUAACUCUCGACGAAUCUACCGACCCAAGAUGCUCAGCGGUGCCCGUGACCUCAUCAGUAAUGGAGAAGUUGUGGCUGGUACAGGGGAACAAUGUCCUCCAUUUGAUGAAGCCCGAUGUGGAGAUGGAAGAAAAGCUACAGAGGCACAGCUACUGGGACCUAAAGGGAUUGCAGUUGAUAGAAACGGGUUGAUCUAUUUCGUGGAUGGGACUAUGAUCAGGAAAGUCGAUCGUAAUGGAAUCAUCUCUACAGUGCUGGGCAGCAAUGACCUGACCUCUGCACGGCCUUUGACCUGCGAUACCAGCAUGCACAUAAGACAGGUUCGUUUAGAAUGGCCCACAGAUCUAGCCAUCAAUCCCAUGGAUAACUCCAUCUACGUCCUGGACAACAACGUUGUGCUGCAGAUCACUGAAAAUAGACAGGUUCGUAUCGUGGCAGGUCGUCCCAUGCACUGCCAGGUACCUGGUAUAGAAUAUACUAUGGGGAAGAGAGCGGUCCAGACCAUGCUGGAGGGAGCUACAGCCAUCGCCUUGUCCUACAGCGGUGUCCUCUACAUUGCAGAGACGGAUGAGAAGAAAAUCCACCGCAUUCGACAGGUGUCGACUGAUGGAGAAAUUACCCAUCUAGCUGGAGCGCCAUCUGACUGUGACUGCAAGAACGAUGCCAACUGUGACUGCUAUCAAACAGGAGAUGGCUACGCUAAAGACGCAAGGCUUAAUUGCCCUUCCUCUUUAGUGGUGUCUCCGGAUGGGACACUGUACGUGGCUGAUCUGGGAAACAUCCGGAUUCGAGCCAUACGAUGCAACCAACCACCUACUGGCUCCCUGGCUUCAGGUCCCAGCUCCUAUGAAGUGGCCUCUCCAGCCUCUCAGGAGCUCUAUGUGUUUGAUGGGAACGGGACUCAUCAGUUCACCAUGUCUCUGGUCACUGGAGACUAUAAAUACAACUUCAGCUACAGCAAUGAGGAGGAUGUAACCGCAGUGACAGACAGCAGCGGGAACACCCUCCGCAUCCGUAGAGAUACCAACAGGUUGCCUGUACGUGUGGUCGCCCCGGACAAUCAGGUCAUCUGGCUGACCAUCGGGACUAAUGGAGGUCUGAAGAGUCUCACAGCUCAGGGUCAGGAACUGGUCUUGUUCAGUUACCAUGGCAACAGCGGUUUGCUGGCUACCAAGAGCAUCCAAAUAGGCUGGACUACCUUCUAUGACUAUGACAGCGAGGGUCGUCUGACUAAUGUGACCUUCCCCACCGGCGUGGUGACCAAUCUCCACGGCGACAUGUCGUCAGGGGCUGUUGCUGUGGACAUUGAGACGUCAGGGAGAGAUGAGGACGUUUCCAUCACAACCAACCUUUCAUCAAUAGACUCCUUCUACACUCUGGUGCAAGACCAGCUUCGUAACAGCUACCAGGUGGGUAAUGACCAUUCACUGAGGGUCAUCUAUGCCAAUGGGAUGGACACACACUACCAGACAGAGCCCCAUAUACUGGCAGGUGCUGCUAACCCAACUGUGGCCCGACGCAACAUGACGCUGCCGGGAGAGAAUGGCCAAAACCUGGUGGAGUGGAGGUUCAGGAAGGAACAGACACGUGGAAAAGUCAUUGUCUUUGGUAGAAAGCUCAGGGUGAACGGUAGGAACUUGCUGUCUGUGGAUUACGAUCGGUCCUUGCGAACAGAGAAGAUUUAUGAUGACCACAGGAAGUUCCUGCUGAAGAUCAUCUAUGACACGCAGGGCCAUCCGACACUCUGGGUUCCCAGCAGCAAGCUACUGUCAGUGAACUUGACAUACUCCAGUACUGGUCAGGUGACAGGCCUCCAGAGGGGUCCAACCACAGAGAGGUGGGAGUACGACAGUCAGGGAAGAAUCAUCUCUCGAGUCUUUGCUGACGGAAAGACGUGGAGCUACACUUACUUGGAUAAGUCCAUGGUCUUGCUGCUGCACAGCCAGCACCAGUACAUCUUUGACUAUGACUCUGGGGACCGUCUGUCAGCGGUCACCAUGCCCAGUGUGGCUCGGCACACCAUGCAGACCAUCAGAUCCAUAGGAUACUACAGGAACAUCUACACCCCCCCAGAGAGCAACGCCUCUGUUACUGUGGACUACUCUGAAGAUGGACAGCUCCUCAGAGUUGCCCAUCUAGGGACUGGCCGCUGUAUACUGUACAAAUAUCGCAGACAGAACAAGCUGGCAGAGAUCCUCUAUGACUCAACACGGGUCAGUUUCACGUAUGAUGAGACGGCUGGUGUGCUUAAGACGGUCAACCUGCAGAGUGAAGGCUUCAUCUGCUCAAUCCGGUAUCGCCAGAUCGGCCCGCUGGUUGACCGGCAGAUAUUCCGCUUCAGCGAGGACGGGAUGGUGAAUGCACGCUUUGACUACACCUACGACAACAGCUUCAGAGUCACCAGCAUGCAGGCUGUCAUCAACGAGACACCGCUGCCAAUUGAUCUUUAUCAGUUUGAUGAUAUAUCUGGGAAGGUGGAGCAGUUUGGGAAAUUUGGAGUCAUCUAUUAUGAUAUCAAUCAGAUCAUCUCCACAGCAGUGAUGACCUACACCAAACACUUCGACCAGCACGGCCGCAUCAAGGAGAUCCAGUACGAGAUCUUCAGGUCCCUGAUGUACUGGAUCACCAUUCAGUACGACAACAUGGGCCGAGUCACUAAGCGAGAGAUCAAGAUUGGACCAUUCGCCAACACAACCAAAUAUGGUUACGAGUAUGACGUUGAUGGGCAGCUGCAGACGGUCUCCCUCAAUGAGAAGAUGAUGUGGAGGUAUAAUUAUGACCUGAACGGAAACCUGCAUUUGCUGAACCCUGGCAACAGUGGUCGGUUAACCCCUCUACGCUACGAUCUGAGGGACAGAAUCACUCGUCUGGGAGAUGUUCAGUACAGGCUGGAUGAAGAUGGAUUCCUCAGACAGAGAGGAGCCGAGAUAUUUGAAUACAACUCCAAAGGUCUUUUAGUUCGUGUCUACAGUAAAGCAGCCAGCUGGACCAUCCAGUACCGUUACGAUGGUUUGGGUCGGCGUGUGGCAUCUAGAAACAGUCUGGGCCAACACCUGCAGUUCUUCUACGCUGACCUGAACUACCCCACCAGGAUCACCCACGUCUAUAAUCACUCCAGCUCCGAGAUCACGUCCUUUUACUACGAUCUGCAGGGCCAUGUGUUUGCUAUGGAGAUCAGCAGUGGAGAGGAGUUUUAUAUUGCAUGUGAUAACACUGGGGCCCCACUGGCUGUCUUCAGCAACAAUGGACUAUUGCUUAAACAGGUACAGUACACGGCAUAUGGGGAGGUUUACUUUGAUUCCAACCCAGACUUUGUGCUGGUAAUUGGUUUCCAUGGAGGCCUUUAUGAUCCUCUGACACGACUGCUGCAUUUUGGAGACAGAGACUACGACAUUCCCGCUGGAAGGUGGACCACUCCUGACAUCAGCACAUGGACACAUGUUGGUAAAGACCCCCAGCCCUUCAACCUCUACAUGUUCCGAGGCAACAACCCCAUCAGCAAGAUUCAUCAGGUCAAAGAAUAUGUCACAGAUAUCAACAUCUGGUUGGUCACAUUUGGCUUCCAUCUCCACAACGCAAUCCCAGGAUUCCCCAUUCCUAAGUUUGACCUAACGCAGCCGUCACUGGAGAUGAAAAAGAGCCAGCUGUGGGAUGACCUGCCUUCCAUUUCAGGUGUCCAGCAGGAGGUGACUCGUCAGUCUCGGGCCUUCCUGUCCUUUGAGCGCAUGCCAGAAAUCCAGCUCAGCCGGCGACAUUCAGACCACAGCAAACCCUGGCUGUGGUUCGCCACCGUCAGGUCUCUGAUUGGCAAGGGAGUGAUGCUCGCUGUGAUCCAAGGCCGCGUGGUGACCAACGCUCUCAACAUUGCCAAUGAGGACUGCAUCAAAGUUGCUGCAGUCUUAAACAACGCCUUUUACCUUGAAGACCUACAUUAUACAGUGGAGGGACGAGACACGCACUACUUCAUCAAGACCAGCCUGCCUGAGAACGACCUCAGCGCACUGCGGCUCACCUCAGGCAGAAAAUCACUGGAAAACGGUGUGAAUGUCACAGUGUCCCAGUCUACCACGGUGAUGAACGGGAGAACGCGGCGCUUUGCCGACGUGGAGCUGCAGUACGGCGCUCUGGCACUUCACGUUCGUUACGGGACGACGCUGGACGAGGAGAAAGCGCGACUCCUGGAGCACGCAAGGCAAAGGGCGCUGGCGAGCGCCUGGGCCCGCGAACAGCAGCGGGUGAGAGACGGGGAGGAAGGAGUUCGGCUGUGGACGGAGGGAGAGAAAAGGCAGCUGCUGAGCAGCGGGAAGGUUUUGGGUUUCGAUGGCUACUACGUCUUGUCCAUAGAGCAGUACCCCGAGCUAGCCGACAGCGCUAACAACAUGCAGUUCCUACGGCAGAGUGAGAUAGGGAGGAGGUAACACGGCAUCAACAACAUCUAAUUUCUACCCCCUGUAAAGACUAACAAAAAGUUCAGUUUUAACACAAAAUGGAUGUCACAGACUGUCUUGAGACUCAAAAGUAGCCACUGAAGAGACCCCAUGUUUGCAAAUUUAGUUUUAUUCUGAGGAUGGUGAAGUAGGAUUUGUAGUGAACAGUCACUUUAAACGCAAAUUACCCGAAACAUUAUGAAACUACAGUUGUGAUGGUUUAAAACAGUCUUCAUGAGCCUGAAAGAAGGUUCAGUCGUUUGACCAAUGCCUUCUCUCUCUUUCUAUCUAUAUUUUCUUUCUUUCGCCCUGUCGUCUGCCUUUAAACAGCCUGCACGCAUGCCCCUCCCUCUCUCUCUGGUAGGCGGGGCUAACCUGAGUGCUAUAAUCGUGUGCUAUCUAGCUGUGAAACAGUGGGAUGUAAAGACUUGUUGAAGUAGCCAACUGAGCAUUUCAGCAGCCAUCACAACUAGAUGAGCCCCCAAGCAUUUAGACAGUUGUAAACUGUCAGAGCAGUCAAUAUAACAAAUGUCUGUGGAUCCCUCACAGAUGAUGCCGGUAUCACAUCUGUGUGGGUCCGGGUGUGACCCGUCGCUCCGAGUUAUAGGCCUCGAUGAGCCAUGUCUAUAGGAUCUG